CAGCCCUCUGCAGGAUGGCUGUGGGUGGCGUAGGGUCGUUGAGGCCGUCCGUCCCUCCGACGGCUCUGCCGUGGCUGGCGGCUGGGGUCGUGCAGCAUCUCCUCGCCGGCACGCGUACUGCGAGGUGGCUGUGCCGCCGAGCCGGCCAGCUCCUGGCCUCGGCACGCCGAAGGGCGCGGGUUGCUCCGUCGGCCUGCGUGUGCACAGCGGGUGAUAACAACGCUGCCUUCCCGGUCUCGCCCCACCGCAGUGCUGUAAGGCAGCGGGCCCGUUCAGCAUUCGCGCAGUGCCUCAGCGGCGCUGAGCGGUGCGCAGAUACCUCGGCCGACGCGGCGGGAGAGAAGCUCGCCUGUCACCGCAGCGGGUCUCCGCUUCGGCAUGGGGAGAGGCUUUCCUCCGAGAGGCUGAGGGCAGCGUAUUGCUACGCCUAGGACACGCUUCUCGAAGACCGAAGGUCUUUUCGGAAUCCUGACAAGCCUUACGGUGCGCGUACUGCAAAAGUUUAGACUAAGCUUUAGAACUUAGUAUAUAGUUCUCCGCCGUAGUCAUCCCAAGCUUUGUAAGCAGCGUUUGUGAGUUGUUUGCCUGCCUUUCCGGAAGUCUGUACCGUCUUUUCUGCGUUGUCCUUUCCGCCUCACUUUGAUCCCACGCGUACGGGUAGGGAGCCCAGGAGGUUACUUGCUUAUCACAGAAACUGGUGCAGUGGAUGGGACAGCGUAGGACCCCAGUUCCGCCAGGGCCAGCUUCAAUAGUUACUGCUUACCUUUGACGAGUUAUUAACCUCCGUUUCCCCUGGUACUCCUCAGGCAAUGCGCAGAGAGAGAGAGAGAGAGAGAGACCCCUGCUACAAAUAUCCCUUAAAGUUGAGCCAACUACACUGGUAAGAGGGACCCCCGCCCCGGCUCCUUAUAACCUCUUCCACCAGUAGGUGUGGGAUCUCCCAGUGCGUUUUCUUUGUAACCAAGGCUGUCUUUCUGCAAAAGAGGACGCUGAUGUUAGGCUAACUUAAUACUGUCACGCAAUUAAACCCCACGUCUCUCACUAUCGUGUAGUGCCUUGAGAAAUUCUUCUCUACCACGUUGUCAACCUAACAUUUGUAACCAAAAACACCUCACCUCUUAACUCAUCAUUACAGUAAGCUUGGCUUCAUAACAAUUUCUUACCAGCAGCGCAGCAGAGCUGGGGCCAGCAGGCUGCGUUUGCAAUGCAAAGGGAAAGCAGGAGACACCUCUCCCUGCAGGAGUGUAUGGGUGCCUACGUGUCUUGCGCACACAGCUGGUGGUGCUGCUUCUGUCAUCGUCCACCUCAGGCUCUGACACGCAGCUGCUGGACAGCCGAAGCCUCUCAGGGCUUUCGCAACCAAAAAGAAACUGCUGACUGUUGCUAGUAGGAAUCCAGCAUUCUUGGCAGCACGCGAUAACUUGCUUGCAUUGCAUGGAGAGCCAUUAAAAAAAAAAAAAAAAAAAAAAGAGAGAGGCGUGAGAUAAAAUAUCGCUGGCUAUUUUUUGCAUGGGUGGUUACAACUUAAAAUAUGCUGCUUGUUCACUUUCGCUAUUGCCCGACACCGGAUCUAAUGCUGUACUUUGCAGAUAAAAGGGAUUUUUUUUUAACUUUUCAUUCAGCAGUCCAGCUUACGCAAGUGCUGAGCUUCACACGAAAAGGAAAGCACCUCAUGCUGAGGGUUUGUGUCAGUUUCAGUGCUCUUUUCUGCUCAGAAUAUGUUAAAUGUAAACUACCCAUUCUGAUUUUUGUGGUUGCCGGUUAUAGCAGGAAACAGUUCUGCCCAGUUUGCGGUGGGGCGAGGGUUCAUUUACGUGGUGGCUGCUUAGCUCUGCUGCGAGGCCUUGUAAAAGCCUCAGCAGAACUGGGAAUCGACUCCAAAGGCCGUGAACCGCUAAGGAGGAAGAUUUUCCCGACCGUUUAUUUGAACUUUGAGCAAACAAAACGAGAAAAGAAAAAGCUGUGAUUUGGUUUUUUUUCCCCUGCUGAGUGGUACAGGAACUUAGGACGACUCACUGUAUGGGGCCUAAAUUAAAUAGACAAGUUCUUGGUGUCUCCUCUAGCUCAGCCCCUUCAGCUCCAUAAAAUAGCUUAUGGCAGAGCUUGACCCGCCAGGUCGUUCUUCAGGCUGCUCCCCAUCAGUUGCAGAAUUGAGGGUUGGUUUUUUUCCCAGAGUACUCUCGUCUUUUAGUUUCAGAGCGCUUCUCCUCGGCAGCCAGUGCUUGGGUUUUUUUCAUUUUGUGUCCGAAGUAUUUUGGGUAAUUGCCCUGUGUUCAGGCUGGAGUAUCACACUUCCUGACUUAAUUUACAACCGUUUGUAUGCUGACUCAGUGAGCGCACAAACCUCUCUUAUGCAAAUGGAGUAACUUACAUUGAUUGGAAGGGGAUGUGAAAGGAAGCCCAAAAGUUAGAAAGAGGUUUUGAUGGCAAAUGCGUACGGCGAUGACUUUUUGGUUUUUCAGAACUCCUGGAUUUUCGUUUCCAAGUCACUUGAUCUCCCUGGCGCAGCUGCUCCAACUCCAUGCUUUGUCCUGCUCAGCUCUUUUCCAUUGUCCGGGAUGCCCCACGAACUGCUGUCUCCCACACGGAGGUGUAUGUUUUCACGUCUUACACGUUGCUAGGCGAAGCCCUUAAUUACAGCUGGCCCUUGCAGAGGGGGAGGAAAACACAGUGAAACCAAAAUGUGGUAGGGAAGGCAACGGGGAAGUAUUUGUGCCGCCGGUACACCUUUCCCUGCAGCCAGGUUUCCUUACGUAACCCCAGUGCUUCGGGAAGUUGGAAAGAUGCGCACGUUUAAACGCCACAGAGGCAGGGACGUGAGUCAGUGCUGUCCCCUUUCUGACUGAAAGAGUUAUCCAAAGCCUAGGGCCUUGCUGGUAGUUUAUCAGAGUGCGUAUGUAUGCUGUGGAGACCACAGCAGCGAGCACUUGGAGCCUGUGAACUCCUAGGUCUCUGUCAGUGAUGUUACAUUUAAUGGAAGGAGCAUCCGACUGCUGAGACGGUAAACAGGUCUGAUGAAAGCCUGCUUGUUUACAGCAGACGUGCAAGGACCUGAUUCUCGCAGCUGCUGGUGGCCCGGGAAAAGCAGUUUUGCUGCUGUUGGUGACAGACCACAGUCCUUAUGCUAACUUUGUGAGGCCAGGGGACCAGGCUCUACUGGGCUUGUUGGGAGAACUUACUUUGUGAAAAGAAGCUUUGUAAGGGUGUCUCAUAUUACGAUGUGUGGUUCGAGUAUCAGGUAAUAGCAAAGGCCUUGAAAACGUGGGUGUGGGCUAAAAGACCAUCCCUGAGGCUAUAAAGAACUCCCCAGUAGUCAGUUCCCGGCCAUAGAAGUACAGCCUUGAGACCUGAGAAAAACUGUUAUCAUAAAGAGGAAAAAGAGGAAGAAGCUAAGCAAGAAAAAUGUUGAGCAACAGGAUAGUACGCGGUGGGAUAACCCCAGGCGUGGGGCGAGCACCGUGGGUGAGGAUGGCCUGUCGUGACAUCCCCCAGCGAUGGACGGCGGUGCCCCCGAGUGAUGGGUUCUGAGGUCACCGAGGAAUGGACUGUGAUGUCGCCGAGCGACGGAUUGUUACCACGCGUCCCUCCCUGCUUGAAUUCGGGCACCGAGCCGCAGCCAGCCGGCUCGUGCCCACACUCCAGCUGAGCGGGUUCGCGAGGUCUGGAGUGUCGAGCGAGGCCUUUGCUGAGCAAGUGCUGGUGUUGGGCUCGGGCAGUUGUUUUCCGCAGCUCUCCGCGCCCAGCCUCAGAGCCGUCCAAGGCUUCUCCCCGGCCCUGCCAGGUUCAGGCAGCCGGGGCACCCAGGAGGCACGCUCGCAGCAGCAGAGCGUGACACCCGCUGCUGCAGCGCCGGUGACAGGGAGCAGCUCAACGUCCCCAGCUCCCCCCAGCCCACCGCAGCACGUGGGGACCAUGGCCGUGGAGCUGGACAACCGCUGUCCCGUCUGCCUGGACAGCUGGGAGGAGGCCAGCUACGUGAUGCCGUGCCUCCACCAGUUCUGCUAUGCAUGCAUCCUGCGGUGGGCUGAGAGCAAGCCCGAGUGCCCCCUCUGCAAGAGGAACGUCACCUCCAUCUUGCACUCGGUGCAGGCGGACGACAACUUCAAGGAGCACGUUGUCGCACCACCUCCAGUACCAUCAGUUGCCGUCCACCUGGCAGGAGGUGCUCCUGGCCAUCCAGCCGCCCACAACCAGCCAUCAGCUGCACAGCCGCUGCCCAGGGCUCCUGUGGGCAGCCUCCAUCCCCACGUCUGGGCAUCCCUCUUCCAAGAGGACCCAGCUCUGCUCCGGCCCGUGAUGCUCUGGCUGCGACAGGAGCUGUGGCUCUUCUUCGAGGGUGGCCGCUGGGAAACAGCUGCAGCGCGGAGGCUCGUCCUGUCCGGCCUGCACCUCUUCGGCCUGGACGAGGAAACCCUGUUCCAGCUGCUGCAGGGUGCCCUGGGCGAGUACACGAGGACCUUUGUGCGCCAGCUGAUCGACACCAUCGUGGAGCGGUGCGGCGGGGAGGCACGACGCCGGAUGGGCCUGGAGGACGCCCGUGCUGCCGAGGAGCGGGAGGGCAGCCCUGCGGCUGCCCCCGGCCCCGCUGCCUCCCAAAGGGGGUCUCCUGCCCCCAGCCCAGCCCCCUCCAGCAGCCGGGGCACAGCCGAGGCGGAAGAGCUCCCCAGCACCUCAUCGGCUGCCCUUCGUGGGGGUCCUGGCAGCCCUCCCUCUGCCCCUGUUCCCACCCACAGGGAGCACGACGAGCCACAGGAGGACCCGGAGGAGGCUGUGCCCGGGCCCUCCGCUCCCAGCCAGGGCAGCGAACUCUCCCCUGGGGGACCCCGGAGAGCCCCAAAGAGGAGGGCUGGCAGCCCCCGGGCCUCGUCACCUCCCAGCAAGAGGCCACCCCACCGGCCACAGUAGGAGGGUGCCCCAGGAGCUGGCGAAACCAGGGACGGGCCAGCAGCUGGGGCACCCACCAGCCUCCCAAAGGGACCCGGAGACGCUCAUUGGUAGCCUAGCGCUAAUGAUCAAAUCGCACAAUAAACGUAUGAAAAGUG